CACGGCCUGAUGUCCCCAGCGCGGGAGAGGAGGGAGCGCUUCCCGGUGACACCCGCGGGUCGGGAAGGAGUUAACUGCAGCCCGAGAGCCGCGGGGAGAAUGCGGGCGGGGAGGUGCCAGUGAAAGUGGCUGCGAGGAGUGAGUGAAUGGGGCUGGGAAAGUUUUAGAAAUGCUUCCUUAGGUAUUUGACAGCGUGUUCCGCUCGCUCAUAAAUUUGGGUUGAAAGCGAGUUGCUACUCAAGCACUGCAGCCUUCGGGUUUUUAGGUUUUGGUUGUUUUUUUUGUUUUUUGUUUUUUUUUUUACUUAGAUUUUCCACAAAUUAGCAGAUCAAGAGAGAUUGAGAAAAUGUCUCUGAAUACACAUGUGUGUUAAGUAAGCUUUCUUUUGAGGCGUGGCCAAAGCCUUCUAAAUCCUUAAUUAAGGGCAGCUUGAGUCUGGGAGCUUUAUUACGCUGCGCUGCUGACAGCCGAGGUUAAACUUUGCUGCUAUCUCUGUGCUCGCAGUUACGCAAGAGCCGUGCAACUUUUGAAAUCAGGGAGCCAGAGUUCCGAGGGCAGUCCUUGAAAUGCCGCUUCCUUAAGGGAAGGGCUCUUGGGUAGGGAACGGGGAGUCUUGCGGAGUCGAAUGGUUUUGAAGUAGGUUUGUCAGUGGGUUCCUUGAUCUGUGGCUUGGAGUAACCCCUUGUCAGGCUUCCCUGAGAGUUUUUGCACAGAUCAGCUCAUGGUGCUAUUUUUUUCCCGUGCAGAAGAAGAACAAGAAGAAGAUGAGGAAAUCGAUGUCGUUACAUUAGCUGAAGCAAAUGAGUCUGAAUCCAGCACAGAGUCCAGCACAGAAGCAUCAGAGGAGCACUGUAAGCCCCACCACAGUCCGCUCGUCCUCAAGCGGUGUCACGUCAACAUCCACCAGCACAACUACGCUGCUCCUCCCUCCACCAAGGUGGAAUACCCAGCCGCCAAGAGGCUAAAGUUGGACAGUGGCAGGGUCCUCAAACAGAUCAGCAACAACCGAAAAUGCUCCAGUCCCCGCACGUCAGACUCAGAGGAGAACGACAAGAGGCGAACGCACAACGUCUUGGAGCGCCAGCGAAGGAAUGAGCUGAAGCUGAGUUUCUUUGCCUUACGUGACCAGAUACCCGAGGUGGCCAACAAUGAGAAGGCGCCCAAGGUUGUCAUCCUGAAAAAAGCCACGGAGUACGUUCUGUCCAUCCAAUCGGACGAGCACAGACUGAUCGCAGAGAAAGAGCAGUUGAGGCGGAGGAGAGAACAGUUGAAACACAAACUUGAGCAGCUAAGGAACUCUCGUGCAUAGGAACUUUUGGACAUCACUUAGAAUACCCCAAACUAGGCUGAGACUAUGAUAAAAUAUUAGUGUUUCUAAUAUCACUCAUGAACUACACCAGUCCAUCGAGAAUGGAACUAUUGCAACUGCAUGCUGUGCGACUUAACUUGAGACUACACAACCUUGGCUGAAUCUCCGAACGGUUUGGCCAGAACCUCAAAACUGCCUCAUAAUUGAUACUUUGGGCAUAAGGGAUGAUGGGACAUUCUUCAUGCUUGGGGAUGAACUCUUCAACUUUUUUUCUUUCAAAAUUUUGUAUUUAAGGCAUUUUUUCUUAAGAGAAUUCCAAAAAGAGUUGUCCCCAGAUUGCUGUAUAUAUUUACACAUCUUCUUGCCAUGUAAAUACCUUUAAUAAAGUCUUUAUAGAAAAAUGUGCAACAUUAAUACACAACAGUUGUGGCAACUGGAUUUAUACUUGUCUUGAACUUGUGUGCCAUAACAUUUCACAAUUUUGUUUUUUAUUUAAAUACAUUUUUUCUUUUAAAAAUGAUUUUUAUUUUGUUUUUAGAUAAAUAAAUAUUUGCCCAAAAUAUAAUUAGCUAAAUCCUGUGUAAAGACUUUCCUUUGUUUUUUCCCCAGUUGCCAUUAGAUGCUUGUUUCCCUGACAUCCCUCUCUUUGUCAUCAGAGCGGUGACUUUAGAAAAGUCAAAGUGGGUUUAGAUGAGAAGAAAUUGUAAUUCUGAAGCUUAGUGGGGAGUUUGGUUUCUUUUGUCUUCCUCAUGCAUCCUGUUACUUCCAAUAGAUUAAACCAAUGUUCUUGAUGCUUUGCCAACUCAGCUGUGUGCCCCAAUGAAGGUGAUAGCCAUCAUGUCCAUCUUGCCCAUCCAUGAUCUCUGCUCAAUGAAAGUAAAGUGGAGCUGUGUUUUUCACACAAGCCCAGUGUAUGGGAUCUGCAUUCUUUCCAAAUAAGCUUAAUUAUGUUUUAGGGGCAUGACCUUCGUUCUGCACUGGGGACCCAGCUAUGUAUUUCGAGAACUUCUUUGUAGUGAACUCACCUUAAUUGCUUCCUGUUUGAUUUUGAACAGAAGUUUAAUGGGAUAAA